CAACAUUUCACAGUGGAUUGCAACUAACACGUAGAAUUGUGCUCCAUAGAAACUUAAAAAUAACCUGAUACAUACUACACAAUGUGUAAAAAAAUGUGUAUUCGCACACAUUAAUUGAAGCUUUAAGAAGUAUGUCCUUCAGAAGAAGAACUGUCGUUUCAUUCAUCGUCCCACUUAGCUGGUUCAUCUUGUUGACGUUUUCUGAAUCUAGAACCGCCCCAGAUGAAGUGGAUGCAUUACGACAAAUUGCCACUACAAUGGGUGCAAAAAACUGGACUUUCGACCUUGAUCCUUGCGAAAGUACAAUAGUCGGGGUGGUAACACCACAGCCGAAUUGGUCUGAUAAUAGUGUUGACUGCAACUGCACAAUUGGAAAUGAUUCAUUAUGCCAUAUUCAGAAAAUUGCAAUAAAGGGUUUCAGUCUUCAUGGAGUUCUCCCUCAUGAACUGGUAAAACUUCCCUACAUACAACAAGUAGAUUUUGCAUACAAUUGUCUCACCGGUACAAUACCAGUAGAAUGGGGAUCAGUAACAUUGAAGUCCAUCUCUGUUCUUGUAAACCGGUUGUCAGGAGACAUACCAAAAGUUUUAGGAAAUAUUACCACCCUCACGUACUUGAAUCUUGAAGGAAACCGAUUUUCAGGAAUGAUUCCUUCUGAACUCGGGAAACUUAUAAGCCUGCAAAAUCUGAUAUUAUCCUCCAACCUUUUGACGGGAAAGUUACCAGAAACGUUUUCUGGACUUACAAACUUAACAGAUUUUAGGAUAAAUGACAACAGCUUGAGCGGGCCUAUUCCAGAUUAUGUACAGAACUGGCGACAACUUGCAAAAUUAGAGUUACAUGCGACUGGACUUGAGGGGCCGGUUCCAGGAAACAUAUCUGUUCUAAACAAAUUAACUGACCUGAGAAUAAGUGAUAUCAAUGGACCUUCUCAGGGAUUUCCUCUACUUAAUGAUAUGGGUGGCUUAGUAAUACUUGUGUUGAGGAAUUGCAACAUUUCUGGGGAAGUUCCUGCAUAUAUUUGGAACUCGAGAACACUGCAAACAUUGGAUCUCAGUUUUAACAAGCUAGUUGGAGAAAUUCCGAAAAGUAUUAGCGUAAGAAGUAUGCUAAAAUUCGUAUUUUUGACUGGGAACUCUCUCAGCGGAUAUGUGACUGAGUCAAUUUUGAAGGACGGAAUAAAUCUUGAUCUUUCCUACAACAAUCUGACUCGGCAAGGUCCUGAUCAGCCAGCCUGCCAACAGAACAUGAAUCUAUACGUAAACUUGUACAAGAGCUCUUCAACAGGAAGUUCCAUACAGAGAGUUCUUCCAUGUACGAAUGGUUUCAGCUGUCCUAAAUAUGGUUGUUCCUUUCAUGUAAAUGCGGGAGGUAAUUAUGUAACUACCCAUGCGAGAAAUGAAGAUGUCAGUUAUGAAGGGGAUGCAGGAGUUGAAGGUGGUUCAGCAAAAUAUUUCAGUAGUAGCAACGAAAACUGGGGAUUCAGUAGCACAGGCGAUUUCAUGGAUGAUUCUAAUGAUCAAAAUACACGUUUCAUUGAGACUGUACAAUUAAAUGGUCUUCCUGAGUUGUACAAGAAUGCUCGUGUCUCUCCUCUUUCUCUCACUUAUUUCCGUUAUUGCUUGGAGAAUGGGAGCUACGAUGUUGCCCUCCACUUCGCGGAGAUCAUUUUUACAAACAAUGACACAUAUUACAAUCUUGGGAGGCGUGUUUUUGACAUAUAUAUCCAGGAUAACUUAGUUUGGAAGAGCUUCAACAUUGCAGAUGAGGCUAAAGGAGCUCUAAAGCCUGUCGUCAAGCAUUUUAAUGUUAGUGUAACUGAUAAUACCUUGGAGAUUAGGCUUUAUUGGGCCGGAAAAGGGACCACUCGCAUUCCUCUUAGAGGACAUUAUGGCUCUCUCAUAUCAGCUAUUUCAGUUGAUCCAAAUUUCAAAACUUGUGAAGAUGAAGAUGGGGAUAAAAAGAUAGCUAUUGUUCCUUUUAUUGUUGGACUGGUGGCUGGGUUCAUUGUCUUGAUCAUUAUUGGUUUGCUCUGCUGGUGGAAAGGCUCUUUGUUAUACCGAAAUGGGAAAAAUAAAGAUCCGGAAGGGGUAGAGUUGCAAAUGGUAGCAUAUACUUUAAAACAGAUUAAAGCCGCUACAAAUAACUUCGAUGAUGCAAAGAAGCUUGGAGAAGGUGGCUUUGGUCCUGUGUACAAGGGUCAAUUAGGUGAUGGUACCUUAAUUGCAGUGAAGCAAUUAUCCUCCAAAUCAAAGCAGGGGAACCGAGAGUUUUUGAAUGAGAUUGGCAUGAUAUCUUGCUCGCAACAUCCCAAUCUGGUUAAGCUUUACGGAUGUUGUAUUGAAGGAGAUCAACUACUCGUUGUCUAUGAGUACAUGGAUAACAAUAGCCUUGCUAGUGCAUUGUUCGGUUCUGCGAUGCUGUUAGAUUGGCCAACAAGGUUCAAAAUCUGUUUAGGGAUUGCUAGGGGUCUUGCCUUUCUUCACGAGGAAUCAAGCCUUAAAAUUGUUCAUAGAGAUAUUAAAGCUACCAAUGUGCUGCUUGACCGAGACCUCAACCCUAAAAUUUCAGACUUUGGACUAGCUAGGCUUAAUGAAGAUGAGAAAACACAUAUCAGUACGAGAAUUGCUGGAACAAUAGGAUAUAUGGCACCAGAAUAUGCAUUAUGGGGUUAUUUGACGUACAAGGUAGAUGUGUACAGCUUUGGGGUUGUGCUACUGGAAAUAGUCAGUGGCAAGAACAACAAUACUUUCAUGCCCAGCCACAAUUGCAUAUGUCUUCUGGAUUGGGCUUGUCAUUUACAACUGAGCGGGAACCUUGAAGAGCUCAUUGAUCCGAGGUUAGGAGAGUGUAUCAACAAAGAUGAAGCAGAAAUAAUAGUGAAAGUAGCACUGACAUGCACCAGUGCGACCCCGUCGUUGAGGCCUGCAAUGUCAGAGGUUGUGGGAAUGCUGGAGGGGAAGUUUGCCGUUCCGCAUGAAAUCCCGGAGGCAGCUACAUACGCCGAUGAUUUGAGGUUUAAGGCAAUGAAAGACUAUCACAAGGAAAAACUCAUACAUAACUCCAACGCCACACUAAUAGGGGAAUAAAUUGCUGAUGAGACCGGGAUGGAUCACGGAAACGCAGUUCCGGCCCUCUUCUUCAUCUCAGGGGUCUCAAUGUCGAUGAUGAAACCCUUGCCGUGCUGUUUCCAGUAGUCUGCCUGAGGAUUGAUCCAUUCUGGCUCUGGUAUCUCCACACGAGACUCCUUCAGAGCGUCAGCCGUCGAUAUGUUGUAUUUCUGAUCUCUCUUGUGCACAAGCUCCGGUUUCACCCUCCCUAAGUUCACUGCUUGCGGGGACAUCAUUAGUGCUGGCAGACCUAUAGGAAGCUUGUCCCCUGCAUCAUCAAAAUGGCCAAAUACUUUAACUUCACUGACACUCGAAUGGGCUUGCCCAAGUUUUAAGUUUCUACACAGCUUAACGGUAAAAAUUACUUGAAUACAAUACACAAUAUAUUCAUAUACGUCUUUAUCUGUGUGAUAUUACCUACGUCCUACUCAACUUUGCCAAGUUGAUGUUGGAUAGAAAAUUAGAAUAGUAAAAACUGUGUGAUUAAAAUUAAAGUUUGGGUAGACGAGAAAGAAAUGAACUAAACUGCAUUGCAU